UUUACCAAUAUGGUGGACAAAAGCACAUCGGAAAAUUACACCAUGUGGCCAAUGCUGUUGGACAUGAGCAAAGAAGAAUGCAAGCGAAUAUUGAGGAGAAUGGAGUUGGAGGCGUACAGCUCUAUUGUUUCAGCUUUCAGAGCACAGGGCGAUCUCACAAAAGAUAAGAAAAAAAUUCUUCAGGAUCUUCAGUCCACUUUAAGUAUCUCAACAGAGAGACACAGAGCUGAAGUCAGAAGGGCUGUUAAUGAUGAAAAAUUAGCCACCAUUGCUGAUCACAUGUGUGGACCUAGCACAGAUGCAGAAUGGAUGAUCGAGGGGAGGAGACUAAUUCCUCUGAUGCCUCGUCUUGUGCCUCAAACGGCAUUCACGGUGACAGCCAACCAGAUGGCUAAUCUACAAGCAGAAAAAAAUGCAGCUAUGCCAAGUCCAUCUAGAACAGGCAGUAAAGACUUAAGCAGCACCUCCUCUAGUCCACCGACUCCUGUUAGUGGUACUGUCACCAAGGUAACAAGACCAUCCAGCCCAAACUCUAAUGUGGUGGUAUUGCCAAGUGGAAUGUCUAUUCACAUCAAAGGUGGAUUAAACACAGAAGAUGAGGAAGAAUUGCCUGCAAGAAAGAGAAGAAGAAGUCAGUCCUCUUCAGAAUCUAUUAAUAUUGUGUCUCCAUCAGCUGGUACACAAACUCCAAGGGUCACGUAUUCCACUACAGCAAGUUCAGCUUCAGGGAUGUCCCCUGUCAAAAUCACCAUCAGCAAGAGUCCCCAAACACGCCCUCAAGUCACAUCUUCAACCAGCCAGUCACAAAAGGUUAUCCUUGUAUCCAGUUCUGGGCAAGCAUCAUCAUCCAGCAUUUUACAUCAGAAAUCAAUCACAGUCCCUGUGGUUAAAACAACCAGUUCUUUGGGAGGAACAUCCAAUCAGAAAUCUAAUAUCUUACCAAAUUCUGGAUCUUCAUCCAAUGGAAAUCUUGGAAACAUUGUUACAGUGGCAACUCCCUUGUCAUCAACUUCAUCUUCAAACUCUACAUCCACAGCUGUCACGACAUCAACUAUGACCUUCUUGACCCCAACUGUCAGUAUUCAGAAACCUCGCCCAAAAACAGUUCCAAGACAGAGAUUUCCUGUGAGCCAGGGUCAGCAGAAGCCUGGAGUAGUCAUACCAAUGGGGCCGCAGCCUGUACAGCCCUCUCCCCAGUCUAUGCAGAACAUUCAGAUAAAACCUGUUGGCAAGUCCCCCUCCACAAUUCAGAUUAGGCAGGAGGGAGGUAUGAAGAUAAUUACUCAGAGUUUCCCAGGGUCUGGUGGAAGUAAGAUUCUACCUAAGCCCACUCAGCUCCCUACCAGUUCUGGUACACCAGUUGUCGUCGUUAGUCCCGGAUCAUCCACUUCAUCAAAUGUCACCAUGGUCACCAAACCCAUCACAUCCAUCGGUCAAGCUGGGACAAAGAUUUUGAACAUAACGACUCAAGGUGGGAAGGUGAUUUCUACAGGAACAAGUCGUGGACCAAAUGUUGUAACAGUGAAUCCUAAAACACUCCACUUAACAGCCGUGAAAUCAGCAGCGGGAGGAAGUGGAAAGCCCAAUGUUAUUGUUGUACAAAAGACCCAGCCCCGGCGACUUUCAGGAAUGCCCACUUCUACCGCAAGGGGAACAACUGUCAUUUCUAGUCCAUUUGAAAAGGAGUUGGUGAGUUUCCUACAGAAGCAAGACAAUACUAAACACAUCGUAGUAACAUCACCUUCAGGUGGCCAGAGACCAAUAGAAAGGAAGGUUAUAGUGACCACUCCAGGGCAGCUGGAGGCCACUAGACAGAGAGUUCGUAUUGAAAAUGCAGAAGGGAAGUUGAUCCAAGAUCUGAUCCAUGCAGCAAGUCAGGAUUCUGAGGGAGGUGGUGACGUCACUAUUAACCUGGACGAAGCUACCCUGGCUGCUCUGACGGGAAGCACUAGCAGUCAGGUAUCAGAGACGGUCACCAGUAAAGGUGCCUCAAGUGAAAACCUGCCAAACAAUGAAUGGUUUGAGUAUGAUGACAAUAACCCCUCCUUCCAGUCUGGGGUAGACCAGGCUGCUGUACAAGCCCUCAUAGAACAACAGGGAUCUAACAAACCAAAAGUGACAGUUCAAAGGUCUGCCAGUGUGGAUAUUGGGCAGUUAUCAGAUCAACUCUCACAGCAGCAGUUCUACACAAUUGAACAAGCCAUGAAGAUUCUGAAUAAUCCAGAACAGAGUGAGGCAAUGAUGUUGGAAGAGAGCCAGGAAUCCACAUCAGAAGGGAAUGUUGUCAUAGAGACAGUAAAUACAUCACAGAGUUCUGACAUUACAUCACAGAAUGAGUUGGAACAGAUAGCUCGUAACCUGAACCUCCAAGGGGAGCUGGAUCCACAAACAGGGAUAUUUUACACAGUGACAAAUGCAGCUGGUCAGACUGAAACCCGCAGGCUAACAACAGAAUCCAAGGUUGUCACAGAGAGUGCUCCCCAAGGGGAGGCAACCCCAGGCUCCAAAGCAUAUGAUUUGUUAAGCAGUUCCCUGGCUCAGGCACAGAUUGACCUGGAUCCUUAUCAGUUCAUUGAGGAGGAUGUACUUUCUGACAAAUCUGCAACAGGAAGUCAGGCUGAUAGUGGGGUUGUGGAGAUCCCAUCUUCUGGAGAGGUCUCGGCUGACACAACAAUAGAGAAUGUGGUGGUGUCUGAUAGCAGUGAGCCCACCACUAGUGCCGCCCUCCACACCACCACACUGAACACCACCACAAUCAGGAUCAAACCCGGCAGCAGCUUCAUCCCUAUACAGGAUGUGGCUAAAUCUUCUACCAUCAAUGUUACACAGGAACAGUUGAGUUUAGAAGGUGUAGUUCAGGAUGACUUUAACACAGAGACUGUAGAAAUGACGGGCACAACAGACUUCCUGUCCCAGCCAGCGGCCCUGACAGAAGAAGUCCAGUUAGUGAUGGAUUCUGUCUCGCUCGGAGAUCGCACCAUUCAGAGCACUGAAACUGUCACGGUGGAAACCACACAAACAGUAGAUCCGACAGAAGUCAGUCUAGAUGAGUUUGUGGUCAUGGAUAACCCCAUCCCAGGUACUAGUGUAAGUGAAAGCCACAGUGUUGAUCCCUUAAGCAGUUCUGAUCCCACGGGCUUGGCAAGAUUAGGAAAGAGAAAAAGGAAAGUUCCAGCUGCAUUGGAGGAUAGUCCCACCCCCCUGCCUGGUGGGGGCUGGAACAGAGCAUGCCUGGGGAUAAUACAGAAAGUGAUGAAAUACAGAGGAUUAAACAGACAUAAAGAUGACCUGAAUGCCUCCACAUGGUUUUUAGAACCAGUGGACCCAGAGGAUGCCCCAGAUUAUUACACAAUCAUAAAAAAUCCUAUGGACUUUGGAACAAUCAAAAAGAAAUUGGAGAGUCAUACUUACUCUGAUUAUGAAGAUUUCCACUCAGACAUGCUGCUAGUUCGAGACAACUGUCGCGUGUACAACCCCCCAGGCAGUGUGGUCCGUAGAGAUUGUGAUGAGGUGUUUGCUUACUACAUGUCAGAGUACGAAAGAAUCCUAGAAAAAUGGCAGAAGGCUCACAUCUCUUCACCCUCCUCCAAGAAACUGAAGUUUGAAAGUAGAAGUCCUAAGAUGUGAAUUGACUUUUUUAUAUUAACUCAGACCUAUGUGCCAAAUUUCCUCUGCUCCUUUUGAUGGAGUCGUAUACUGCCAGAUUUUGUUGUUUUAUGUUUUCAAUCUCAUGUUAUAUUAAGAAAAUUGACUGAAAAAUUAAAUGUCUUGUUGUUUGAUUAGAAUAGCUUCAAUUUCAGAGUCCACAUUUGAAAUCAUUAAGAAUGAACCAUGCACAUUUUUAAGGAUGGUCAUUGAAUAUUGUUAUAAAUUUCAUUUAUUUUUGUGCAAUACUUUGGAUCUCAGAUUUAACUGGAUGUUGGUUGUAAAUUUCCAAGUCUUCUAAAUACAAUGUACAUAUAAAUACUAAAAUUAAUGGACAUGUUAUUUGGAAUCUGACAGUAAACUUAUGUAGGAAUCCUAGAUAUUUUUAAUGCAUGUAAUACUGUUUAUGAUUUGAAACAAAGAUGUUGAAAAUGUUUAUUAGUAUUACAGGUUGAAACACAUGCUUGUAUACUGUACAUGUAUGUUUUUUAUUACUGAAUAUUAAAAUGUAAAAAUAUGA